AUCACUGUAGAUGACAAAUACCAAAAAUCCACUUUAAUUUUUCUCUCAAAAUAUUCAAAUCAUGGCAGAAAAAAGAAAAUCAAAACCCAUAAUUUUUCUAAAUUUUUCAUUAUAUUUUCUUUUAACAGUCCCUUGUUUUUCAAUGCCAUUAUCAACAAAUGGAAGAUGGAUAGUUGAUUCAAUAACAGGAAUCAGAGUGAAGCUAGCUUGCGUAAACUGGCCUUCUCACAUGGAAACAAUGUUAGCAGAAGGACUUCACGAACAGCCAUUGAAAAAAAUAGUAGCUCUUCUCGUUAAGCAGAGGUUCAACUGUGUUCGAUUAACAUAUGCAACGUACAUGUGGACUAGGUACGCUAAUAGGACUGUGUCGGAAUCAUUCGACUUCUUACCGGAUAUUAAAAAGGGAAUUGGUAAGAACAAUCCUGGUUUCUUGAGCAAGAAGUUACCCGAAGCUUAUGAAGCUGUUGUUGAUGAACUUGGUGCACAAGGUGUAAUGAGUCUUCUUGAUAAUCAUGUUAGUAAGGCUAGUUGGUGCUGCUCUGAAACUGAUGGAAAUACUUUCUUUGGUGAUGUUUAUUUUGAUGCUGAUGAAUGGAUUCAAGGUUUGACUGCUGUUGCCACUCGAUUCAGGGGUAAAUCUAAGGUUAUGGCAAUAAGCACAAGAAAUGAACUAAGAGGAGCAUUACAAAAUCAAGAAGAUUGGUACAAAUACAUCCUCAAAGGAGCAUCAGCAAUUCACAAAGCAAAUCCAGAUGUCCUAAUUUUUGCAUCGGGCCUAAGUUAUGCAAAUGACCUAACUUACUUAAGAAAAAAAACAUUAGGGACCAAUUUUGACAACAAAUUAGUCUACGAUGGACAUUGGUACCCUUGGAGUUGGGAAAAUGCAAAAUCUUGGGAUGUUGAAUUUUUGAACGAUGCUUGUUAUAAUAAAACUCAAAAAUUCAUUAAACAAACCGGUUUUACCUAUGCUCUUAAAAACCGACCGGUUCCUUUGUUUAUGGGUGAAUUUGGUAUGGAUCAAAGAGGUUUGAGUAGAGGCGAUGACCAUUUUUUGAGCUGUUUUUUGAGUUUUGCAGCUGAUAUUGAUUUGGAUUGGGGAUUGUGGGCUUGGCAAGGAAGCUAUUAUUAUAGACAAAAUAAAACCGGUUUUGAAGAAUAUUUUGGUGCCUUGGAUUAUCAUUGGAGUCGGCUCAGAAGUCCUCAGCACAUGAGCAGAUUCGAUUUUCUCAAGAACAAGCUCAUAGAGCCUAGUUCAAAAUCUCCAACAACCUUAGUAAUGUUCCAUCCACAAAGUGGUACUUGUGUCUACAACAAUGGUGCAAAAGAAUUGCUUACAGGAAAAUGCAAGAGAUCAAAAAGAUGGAGUUAUGCAGGAGAUGGAAGUCCAAUAAUAUUAGAAGGAACUAAUUUAUGCAUACAAGCUAUUGGCGACGGACUCCCGCCAAUUCUUUCUAAAAACUGCUCAAAUCCACUCAGUUCUUGGACACUUCUUACGACCACUAAGCUACAUAUAGCGACAAUGGACGAAACAGGACGAUACCUUUGCUUACAGAAGGAAUCACCUCUCGCUAAAAGGGUUAUUACUAGCAAGUGUGUUUUAACUCUUUCAACUCCAGAGUGCCAAAGAAAUCAGCUUCAAGACCCAACCAUGCAAUGGUUUAAGCUCACCAAUACUAAUGUCUAGUUAAUUGGUUUGUUUUUAAUCAGCACUAAAUUUGAGUCAGAUUGAUUGUUUCUGAUGAUCAUUAGGCGUGUUUUCAGAAUUAAUACGUGCCUCGUAAUAUGAUUUAUAAUUUAAUA